AUUUUGGAGACAGCUUGUCUGCACAGCAACAUCAAAUCGCCACGACCUGUAACUAUGGGAAGGAAGAGGAAGGCGGGCGGACGCUACGGCGAGUCCAAGGCGCCAAAAGAAGAGAACUCGAAGCUCGCGAUCAACACCUACGAAGACGUCGCCGACUCCGAGGAUGAGUUCCAUAUCAAUCGCGACAAGAUACUGCUGGAGGAAGGUCCAGCAGCGAAAAGAUUGAGAAAAUGGAAGGAAGAAGACCAGUUUCUGCAACCUUCGGACGAAGAGGUACUCGAUUACAGUGGCAUCGAAGACGAUCACGAUGACGAGGAUGAGGAAGACGAAGAUGAAGACGAGGUAGACUACGGCGAAGUCGAUGAUGACGACGAAAUUGACGACAUCGGUACCGACAAGCGCAAACGAGAAGCCGAAGAAGAGGAUGAAGACCUUGGCGGAUGGGGUCCGUCGAAGAAGGACUACUACAAUGCGGAUGCUAUCGAGACGGAGCAAGAUGCGCUGGAUGAAGAGGCGGAAGCUCGGCGCCUUCAGAAGAAACAACUGCAAGCUAUGUCAGAGGCAGACUUUGGCUUUGACGAAGACGAGUGGUUAGAGCAGGAUGACGAAAAGACCACAGAGACAGAAAAUGUGGUCACGGAAGUGCUCCCACAACUCCGGAUCACGGACGAAAUGUCCGAGGAAGAGAGGCUCAAGAUAUUGAGGACGCGUUAUCCGGAGUUCGACUACAUCUCGAAGGAGUACUUGAGGUUACAGCCCCUACACGACGAACUGGCUGCCGCUGCCCAUGCAGCUGAACGGCUCAUCCAUGCACGGACUACAAAGGCAGAAAAGGCCAAUGGUGAACGGCGGCCGACGCCCAUGGCAGUGACCAAGUACAGAGCUUGCGCAGCUUAUCUAGCCGCAAUGGCAAUGUACUUCGCUAUUCUGGGCUCUACAGCGAGUGAAGAUGGCUCCCCUGUCAUCGCGAUGGAUCCCGCAGAGCUUCAUGAGCAUCCAGUCAUGGAAUGCCUUCUCAAAACUCAGAAGACGUGGACCAGACUCGAGAGUCUACCAGUUGCGGACCCUAUGGUCGAAGCUUCUAACGGCGGUGAUCUUUCGAUAAUCGACGAAGUAAGCCCUGCUCCGGAGGACGGUAUCAGAGACGCGGUUGCUUCUAAGCAAAAAGAGAAGAAAUUGAAGAAGAGCAAGUCCCAACGGGCAGCAGAGGCCGCCCAGGCUAAAUCCGAGGCACGUCGCGCAGAGAAGCUGCGCCAGACGGAACAGGAGCUCGCAACGCUCGCGUCACUUACUGAUAAAGCGACCCUCCGCAAGGCCACUAACAAGAAGGCCGAUCAACCCAAGGUCAACCUUUUCAAUCCAGACGACUCCGACUUCGGCGAAGAGACUGAGCUUACCGCUCAUGAACUCGCGGAAAAAGCUCGGAAGAAGAAGUCACUCCGCUUCUACACUUCCCAAAUUGCACAAAAGGCCAACAAACGCGACGCUGCUGGCCGAGACUACGGUGGAGAUGCUGAUGUACCUCACCGUGAGCGCCUGAAAGAUCGACAAGCCAGGCUCCAGGCAGCCGCAGAGAAGAGAGGCCAGAACGCAGACUCGGGCUCGGGCCCUGGCGCGCCUCUUGGCGAAGGCGGUGAGAGCUCAGGUGAUGAAGAUGCAGAAACACGUGGCUUCGAAGAUCAGGACGGUUAUUACGACUUGAUAGCCGCAAAGAGCCAUGCAAAGAAGCAGGCAAAGCUAGACCGUGCUGCUGCAUAUGCAUUGGCUGCAAAGGAAGGCGGAAUGGUUGUGCCGGAGGAGAUUAUUGGAGAGGAUGGACGCCGACAGAUCACGUAUGCUAUCGAGAAGAACAAAGGCUUGACGCCGCACCGGAAGAAGGCGCAGCGUAACCCUAGAGUAAAGAAGAAACUGAAGUACCAAGACAAGCAAAAGAAACUCCGCUCCAUGAAACCGGUGUUCGAUGCGACCAAACGCGCGAGCGGCAGUGCUGCCUACGGUGGUGAGAUGACCGGUAUCAAGAAGGGCUUGGUGCGGAGUAGGAAAUUGUAGUUAUUGGACCAAGGUUUAAGGGUGCACCAUAGCCUCGAAAUCUGAACAAUAUUGCCGCGGAGUAGUGCCAUUGCGGUUGUCGAUCGCGUUUCCUAAAGAUACCAUUUCCCUGCUUCUUUGAGCUGCUGACCUCAAGCUUGAUCAGA